AAAGAGAGAAUGUAAAAAAGAAAAAGAAAAAGAAAAAAGAACAACGGGAGAAAAAGAAAGAAAAAGUUAGAAGAUAAGGCAAGAGACUUGUCUGUUCCCGAAUCUCAGCCGCUCCUUUUUUUUUUUCUUUUUUCUUUUUUUCUCCCUCACUGAAAUAUAAACCUCUCCAUAAUUUUUUCCUCCACCGCCGUCCAUUUCUCCGGCCCGCCGCCGCCCGUUUUAACCUCGAACACCUUCUCCAGCAACUCAAAGCUUCGAAAGAUCUCCUUCCUCUAUGGACUCCGUCGGAAUCCCCGAUUCCUCUCCGCCGUUCAAUUCCUUCUUCAAAGACUGUUCUCAAGAAAUUUGCUCAGCUUUCUGUCCACAGUGGUGCGCCUUCACGUUCCCGCCGCCGCCGCCUCUCUUCGGCCUUGACGACAGCGACGAUUCCGGUACGUUCUUCUCACCUCUUAUAGUCGCAGUGAUCGGGAUCUUAGCUAGCGCGUUUGUUUUAGUCACUUACUACGCGAUCGUUUCGAAAUACUGCCGGCGGAGAGUCGACGAUAGUGGCGGAGCUGGACCGGGAGAGGAUUUUGAGGCGGAUCGAGUGGUUAACGAUACGCGGCAGUCCAGUGCGGGACCGGGAUUGGAUGAGGCACUGAUCAAAUCAAUCUCGAUUUACAAGUUCAAGAAGGGCGAAGGAUUGAUCGAAGGAAGCGAUUGCUCUGUUUGUUUGAGUGAAUUUCAAGAAAACGAGAGUUUGCGAUUGUUGCCUAAAUGUAAUCACGCUUUUCAUCUCACUUGUAUUGAUACUUGGUUGAAAUCUAGUUCGAGUUGUCCUCUCUGUCGCUGCAAUAUCGCAUCGACGAAUCCUCCGCCGCCGUCCGUGACGGCGCUAGGUUACCGCCAUAGUAGCGACGCGGUCGUUGUCGUCGUUCAAGAUUUGUCCGAAAACGUAAGCCAGGAGGCCGUCGUGGUCGAAAUCGUAACCGAUUCAACACAUCCAGAUCAAGAAAGUCCAAAUCGAAAUCCACAUCCGCAGAUUUCCGAUCAAGGAAACGGAAGAACAGAGGGAAGAGGAGAAGAAUCUGUCGGUUCGAUUAGGACAGUUUCAGAGGAUCAUCAGUCGUCUCCAUAUCCAAAUCGAAAUCUCUCUGUUGCAGAUAUACUGAGUAUCAACCACGAAGAAGACGACGAGGUUGAAGCUAUGGAUUCGCCAAUGGCGGCGGCCGGUAGUGGUCCAUCAAACGGCAACGGGAAAGAAACGGAAAAAUCCAGAAACAGAAACGGCGGCGUUUUGAAUUCCGCUGUGAGAAUGUCGAUUUCAUCUGGAAUUUUUUCUUUCGCAAGGUAUGCAAAAGGGAAGAGUUCGAAUUCACCAAUUUGACGUCAAAAAAAAAAAUCAAAAAAUCAAAAAAUCAAAAAAUCAAAAACAAAAAUCAUUUGGCGAAGAUCAAUGAAGAAACAUUUUUUCUUUUUUUCUUUUUUUUUCAAAGUCAAGAUUGUCGGUUUGGACGGUUCUGAUUGAGCCUAUCUGGCAAUUUUCGAAACUUAAUAGUUAAAUCUUAAUGAUAAUAGAGUACUAAAGUUAAAGGCUAUUGUAAUUAAAGGCCUUUAAUCCUCCUAUAGAUAUGAAAAUUGAUCUCUCCAAUUAUACUAAUUGGAUUUGUGUUUUACCAAUUUUGUUUUGAGUUUAUAGUUAAAAGUGUGUAUUAUUAUUGAAGUGAGGAA